AUGGGGAACGGGUCGCGCAGCCGACGGCUGCGGGAGGCGAUGGCCGCCGGGACGGCCACCGCGGAGGCGGGCGAUGACCCGAACGCGGCGCGGAGGGCGCAGAAGAAGGCGCACAAGGCGAGGCAGCGGCGACGGAAGAACGAGCGACGGCACGACGCGGUGCGAGCCAUCGUCUCGAGGUUAGCGCCGCCGGCGAGCGGCGACGCGUUCACGCCGCUCGAGAAGACGAGGGCGUGGGACGGCGCGCCGCCGAUCGACUGGUCGACGAUGCGCGCGUCGUGCGACCCGGCGAAGAUGGCGUACGACGGCGACGAGGCGAGCGCGAGCGCCGCGAACGCCGCGAGCGCCGCCGUCGUCACCGUUCGCGCGAAGAGGAAGCGCUGGCAGGUGGAAUCGUUCGCGGUCGUCCUCCGCGAGCUCCAGCGCGAGCACGAGCGCGGCGGCGGCGGCGGGAAUGGCGGCGACGACGCGCGACGGCUCAAGGUUGUGGAUUUCGGCGCCGGGAGCGGGAACCUCACGCUCCCUCUCGCGGCGGCGUUCCCGUCGAUGGACUUCGUCGCCGUGGAGAUGAAACGUCGAAGCGCGGAUCUCGUAUCCCAACGCGCGGCGGCGGCGGGGCUGAGCAACGUGACCGUCCUGUGCGGGAUGAUCGAGCGCGCGGAGAUCGGGCCGUUCGACGUCGGCGUCGCGCUGCACGCGUGCGGGAACGCGACGGAUCACUCCAUCGCGCGGUGCGUGCGCGCGAACGCUGCGUUCUUAGUGUCGCCCUGCUGUAUCGGCAAGCUCAAGUUUUCCAUCGCCGGCGGGUCGUCGUUCAGCGCAAACGUCGUCGACUACAAAGACACCGCGCUCGGCUCCAGACCCGAGCGCGAGGCGGGGGCGGGCGCGGCGGCGACGAAAGCAAGCGAAGACGCGAGGAACGACGACGUCGUCGUGUGCCCGCCGGUCGAGGCGAUCACGCACCCGCGGUCGCGAUGGCUGUCGACGCAGCUCGCGAGCGAGAAUGAAUUCGCCGCCCUCGCGGCGGCGGCGGACACGGGCCACGCCGCCGGCGUCCCCGGCGGCGACGCGCCGUCCGACGACGUCCUCGACAUCGGACGCGCCGCGAAGACGCAGGUGGAGCUCGAUCGCGCGGAGGGCGCGAGGGAGGCUGGGUACGUCGUGAGAACGCUCGCGGUGCUCAACGCCGCGGAGGCGCCGCCGAACAAGUCGGACCUCAUCGUCGGCGCGCGGAGGGGGCGGUGGCGAGACGCGUUCGAGCGACUCGCGGUGGCAGUGAGUGCUUAAUUCGUAAUAAAAAUACACGAUGACAUCGUCGUCGUCGUUAGUUCUAUCGCACGCUUCUAGCUAAUCGGCGUCUGCUUCUCUUUCCCUCUUCCUCCGCCUCGCGCCGCGGAUGCGGCUUUUUCCUUCUUCUCCGCGGCGCGCGCGCGGUCUCUCUCCUCCUUCUCCUUCUUCUCCUUCUCCGUCUCCGUCUCCUCGAACGUCUUCAGCUUCCGUCGCUUCGGGCCGAACGGCCCGGGCGGGGGCGCGUACCCCGGCACCGCCCUCCCGAGCGCGCGACGUAAGAUCCCUCGUAACUUCCGCGCGUCCUCGUGCGCGACCAGCCCGGGCUCGUUCGCCUUGGUCGCGUUUUCGAGCAUGACUUCGAAAUCCGACGCGAAAUCCCCGGCGCUCCGGUGCUCGCCGCUGAUGAGCCGCGCGGCGAUCGUCGCGAGGUCCACGGGCACGGCGAUCUGUUCGUGGUACCCCGGGUCGUCUUCUUUCGACGGCGCGCGGUAGAACAAGUCCGCGAGCCGCCGCCCGUGCGCGUCCGCGUGCCGUUCGAUCGUCUCCAUCACCCGGCACAUCGUCUUCGCCGUCGUCGCCGUCAGCGGCGCGCGCAUCGCCGCCGUCUCCGGAAGCCACAGCGUGGGGCUCUUCGGCCCGGGCGGCUUCGGUUCUCGCGCGUGCCCGCCCUUGUCGAGGUCGUUCAGCCACUCCUCCUCCAAGUCCGCGAUGUACCGAAG